AUGGCCAAUGGCGGGAUGACAACAAGGGAAGGAUUCUUGUGUCCCGAUGCUUUCAGUCUCCCCGCCGACUAUGCCCUUCAGCUUGACAACUCAGAGACCAUCCCCGUGCAUCGACUUGAGACGUUUGCGAGGCUGUUCUUCUCCAUCUUCCACCCUUUUUUGCCUCUGCUGCACAUCCCCACAUUUUUCCUUGCCUCGGCGCCUUUUGUUCUCGUUCAAACGAUAUGUUUUAUCGGCGCUGGUUUUGACAGUGACCCAUCGUCCAUAUCAGAUUCGAGGAUCAUAUACGGAUCUCUGCCAUCACAUCUGGCCAAAUGCUGCCUUCGCUCCCAUUGGGCGUCGCCAACCUUUGAAGAACUACAGGCUUUGGUAUUGCUUCAGUUUGCCACCAUGGCGAAUGGGGGGAGCACAGAACGGGCUGGAACGCGGCUGCUGCAUCCCCUUGUCGUCACGGCAAUCAGACGCGAGGGCCUUCUCAAGAUCCACGGAGAGUGCACUGUGGCAGAGCGGAACCCGAUGUCGUGGAAAUUAUGGAUUCAAAAGGAAUCAAGGAAGAAAGUUCUAUGGGGCGUCUACGCGGUGGACUGUUACCAGUCGAUAUUGUGUGGUAGCAAACCUCUCCUAUCCCAACAGAUACAAGGGCAUCCUUUCCGUGCGACGACACAAGCUGGACCGCCUGCUCUGCCUCUCUGUGGGCCAUACUUCCGGCACAGGAUCCAUCAAGCUGCUUCUUGUCUUCAGUCAAGGGUCUGA